GCUCAUGCCCGGAGAAAGGACGCGGAGUAAUAGCCUACCUCUCACUGAGCCUUAGCUUUUUUAAGUAUUCAGACAGGUGCGUCAGUUAAUAACUUUCCAUGACUGAGUGUGUCAUUGUUUUUUCUGUGUCAUUUAAAUCUAAGCUGAUACACUCAUCAAGACUUGUCUCGGAACCUGCUGAGUGCGCUCACUGGAUGCUUUGGGUGAACAGGUGGCACAGGCUCCGGUUCCCUUAAUUUGCUAUUAGGGGCGAGACGCAGGCAGAGCAGAGUUAACGCACUUUACCGGACGUUAAGCAUUUAAUACCUGGCUUUAAGCUGGGCGAGGGACGAGCUGCGUAGUUUUCUCCCUUGUUAAAAGGAGACGUUUGACAAGGGGGCUGUUAUGCCAGUUGCGGACAGCGACAUGGUAGUGGACAACAGCCACGGGUUAUAUGAGGGUAAAACCCCAAACAGCACCGGGAAUGAGAGCGUCCUCCCGGCAUCUCUAUGCAGUCCUGCAGCGGACAUCCUUAAGAACUUUUACCACACCAAACGGGUCGGGAACUAUCUGAUUGGGAGGAAGCUGGGAGAAGGAUCGUUCGCCAAAGUUAGAGAAGGUCUCCACGCGUUGACUGGGGAAAAGGUGGCGGUGAAGGUGAUUGACAAGCGGAAGGCCAAGAAGGACUCAUAUGUGACCAAGAACUUGCGGAGGGAGGGCCACAUCCAGCAGAUGAUCCGCCACCCCAACAUCACGCAGCUGCUGGACAUCCUGGAGACAGAGAACAGCUACUACCUGGUGAUGGAGCUGUGUCCUGGCGGGAACCUCAUGAACCGCAUCUAUGACAAGAAACGCCUGGAUGAGAGGGAGACUCAGAAAUACAUCCGGCAGCUGGUGCUGGCCGUAGAGCACCUGCACAGGGCAGGUGUAGUGCACAGGGAUCUGAAGAUAGAAAACCUCCUUCUGGAUGAGCAAGACAACAUAAAGCUCAUAGAUUUUGGCCUCAGUAACUGCGCUGGCAUCUUGGGAUACUCUGACCCAUUCAGCACCCAGUGUGGAAGUCCUGCCUAUGCCGCCCCAGAGCUGCUCUCCAGGAAGAAGUACGGGCCGAAGGUGGACGUCUGGUCUAUUGGCGUAAACAUGUACGCGAUGUUGACUGGGACUCUCCCGUUCACCGUGGAGCCCUUCAGUCUCCGAGCCCUGCAUCAGAAGAUGGUGGACAAGGAGAUGAACCCUCUACCUCCUUCACUCUCCACAGCUGCCAUCUGUCUUCUGAAGAAGCUUCUUGAGCCAGAUCCCAACAAGCGUCCCAAUAUCCACCAGGUGAUGGCAGAUUCCUGGCUGCAGCUGGCCAACAAGAACACAGGGGCACCGUACCUCAACAGGAUCCACAUUGAGGAAAUAAACCACACGGUGUUACUGCAUAUGACGGAGAAGAUGGGCUAUAAGCACAGUGAGGUGCUGAGCGCCGUCCUCACCAACCGCGCCUGCCACACUCUGGCCGUCUACUUCCUCCUCAACAAGAAAAUGAAGAGACUUUCUAAAGAGUACAGGGAGAUGCAGUUCCAGGAAAAAAAGAAAGGGGAAAAGCAGAAAAGUGAAUACUUCCAGACCCAGUGGAGGAAGCACGUCGACAAGCUAACCAUCCCUCCCAAACAGACGCCCGUCUACCUGGCUGUUAGCAAGGGGCCCAGCAAGGAGAAGAAACACAGAACAGGUCUAUUGCGUGCCAUAACUGGUGGCCAUCGUAAUUCACCUCUGGCACCACCUGGCACCGUUGCCUCUUCUUCUAUGGAAUAUCUAGAGAUCCAUCCUCUAUUUCACAACACCCCUCAGCAACGGAGGCGCUUGGCCACCCUCCCACAAGUCAAUACGAGCCCAGAACACAACAUACCUGCUCCACCAGCACCAUCACCGAUCGGCAUGCAUUCCUUCGGCUCCCUCUCCAAAGCCGAGCAAAUUGAAGACACCCCGGCUUCACCCUGGUACAAGCUGACCAACGGGACUCUGUCCCCGCCCCGUCACGUCUCUGCCUUCCAGCCUGACUCUUCUUACUUGAAGAAGGCCACAAUCCCCAGUCCUCCUGUCCUUAUUGUCAACCCGCAGCCCAAGAAGAGCAUCUCGUCAGAUUGGUGCGGUUCUUCUGACACCAGCGGCAGUCCCCCCAGCACUGUCGGAAGCCCCCCAGGCAGCUCGGCUUUCAGCCCCCCAAAGUCCGCCUUCAGUCCCCUCAACCCCACCUCGGCCUUCAGUCCUCCUUCCAACAGCAGCAGCAGCGACCCUGACAGCCCGACGCACCGCAGCAAGUUCCCUUCUAUGGGAAUCGGACAGAUCCUAAAGAAGAAGGUCCAGCUGCAGCCGUUUUCCUUCCGGCCAGAACAGGUUGUUGAGGAAGUGGUGUCCCCACCUCCCUACCCCAUGCAGACUCUCCUCUGUGCUUCAGGUGCGCUCAAGACCCUCUGCUGAGGGAUAUAAGACAAAAGAAAAUGAAAGAGAGACAGACUGAACUCGAGGCCCCUCUCAACAUUUUGUUAAAGUUGGAGAGGUCUUCCAGAGCGGCCUUUUAAACUGUGAACUGUCCCUUUAUUGCGACUGAGCCACUUUUCAGAACAGACUUGAUCAUAUAAAAAAAACUAAAAAUUAAGAAAACAAAAGGGUUUUCAAAACUAGUUGUCUCUUCUUAAAGAUCUCACUAUGUAAUAAGAGGGGAUGACGCUGAGAAGAUGAGAUUUGAAACGGAUCCCUCAGCAAUGACUAAACCUCGCUGUGUCCUAGAUACAGAGUGGACAUGGGACAUCAUGUAAUAUGGGCCUUGCCAACAAGGUGUACACACACACACACACACACACACACACACACACACACACACACACACACACACACACACACACACACAAAACACUGUAUUAUAGAUUUAGUUAAGAGAUACUCUCUUAUGUAAUAUUGCUGUACCUGGUUACUAAUUGAGCCACAUACUGAUUCACACCAGCUAACAGACCCAGCCCCUAUCCCUAAUUACUUGUUUAAAUGUUGUGUCUCUGUGAAAACUCUGUAAGACAGCCACAGGCACUGUAUCUUCACUGCCGACUAGAUGAAGAAGCGCACUGCACUAUUCUUAAACAACCAAAACCUGUAGUAACAAUGGUGUUUACCAUCUUUUACCUCACUGCAUUAUUCAUACAUUAAUGUAUAACAGCAGUCGAUUGUGACACGCUUGUGUGGAUUUUGUCACAGUGUUGCAGUGUCUGAACAUUAGUGCCAUUAGAAGCAACACCGAAACAGAAGUAGGUACCAAGGGUGGAGUCAAACUGUCACUUUUUAUAGUUUGUCAUAAACUACCACUCAACACUGAUAAUAAUUCAUGGCUAGAACUUUUUAUAUACAAGUGUUACAUCACCUCUACAAACCACAGGGCAACUGUAAGAGUCUUAGUUCUGACUUUCUCACAGGAGGAUAUACCUGUUCAGUCAGUUUUGGAAAACAAAAAAAAGAAGAAAAUAUAGAGCAUUAAAAGCCUUAUGAAACUGAUCAACCUCGCCACAGGCUGAGGGUAUGAUGGUGGGAUGAACUGCUACUAGGAUCACGAAACAACCAUAAAAAUUAUUCACUUCCUUUUGUCUUAAUGCUGUAGUUUAGUCUUCAGUGUUAACCGCCAUGACAAGUGUUUGCCAAGAGCUCUCUGAGAGUAAUGUGAAAAUUGUGCUUGUAAAUAAAAGUACGACUCCUGCGUUCCUGUCGCCUCUGUUCGACGGGAUUCUAAAAUGUUUGUUGAGCCAACAUUCUCACACGUUAGUUGCUUCAUAAAACGAGUUGACUCUACAGAAAAGGCUUCCACAGGCACACGAGGCUCCUCACUGUUAAGAUUCUGUAGAUCUCUCUUCCUGUCCAAAGGAAAAGUUGCAUGCAAUGUUUCACAAGUCGAACUGUAAAGUCAACGUUUGAAAUUAACGUCUUUGUAGCUUUUUUUCCCUGGUUGAUACUGAGAUUGACACAGACUCGGGGGUGGGUCUUUUGUAAGAUUUUGUAACGGAUGGUUUUGUUUGAGUGUCAA